AUGUUUAUAUAUUCUCUUAUCUUCGAGGUUCUUAAGUUAAAUCAAGACCUUGUGUACGAUAUAUGCCCAAGAGCACAGCGCAUUAAGUCUAAAACAUACUCAAUGUGGACCGAUGACAGUGCACGAGGAUAUAAACUAUCAGAUUUUACAUUUCCAAAGGACGCUGACAAAAAUUGCACAUAUCCAAAACCACUCCCCAAAGGACUAGAGGAAGAUCUCAUAGAAGAUCUUAAUGACAUCAAAUAUCUUCAUGGAUUAGGCAAUUGGACAGUUGUACUAAGUCCACACGAGCUUCAUUGGAAAAUUGUUACUGAAGGCAUUUGGUUUUGGAAUGCUAACUCAAAUAAUGGCCAGGUUUCUGGACACAUUACAUCGGCAGGUGCUAGAUGCAAGCAAGAGCUACCUUGGGGUUCUACAGGCUUUGCUUAUAGCUCAGUUGGCGGCUCAUCAGCCAAUUAUAAAGCAUGCAAAAUGCUUUGGAAUUUAAUUGAUGAAUAUUAUCCAGGCAUGGGCCAUAGAGCUGCUAUGUUUUCUCCAGCAUUGUAUCAAACUCAAUUUGCAUUUGGUCGUAGAGAUAAUGGCAAUGGUGUUUGGCCUAGUCUUUAUUUCGGUGUUCUUUCAGCAUAUUAUCGCGGUGAUGAACUAUCUAUGAGCGUCCUCAGAUGGAAUGACCCUAACAUGCCUCGUCCGGAAUUUGUUGCACUCCCACCUCCAGGAUAUGUUGACUAUACUUUGAUUCCAGAAGUUUGGACAUUCCAAUCUCCAUUAAUAAAUUACCGAAAUGUUACAUAUAGAGCAUACAUUAAUGGAACCCUUGCAACACAAAAAGCAACCGGAAUUAAUGGAGGAUAUCAGGAUGGAGGUGAUUGGAGUACCACUGAUGGUGUUGCAUUUACUAGAGAUAUAGCAUAUGAUACUGCCUGGCGUGGCGAAUCCCAAAAUUUCAAACCUUUCCCAUGGCCAGGAACACAGAUCCAUAUUGAAGUUGAAUCAGAUGGUCACUAUUGGGAAUAUAAUACAACUGUUGUUGAUUGUGAUAAAGUUCCUCCACCACCAACACCAACUCCACCACCAACUCGAACAUUCGUUCCUACAAAUCAACCAACACCAGUGGGAACACCUUUCUUAACUGCGGCCGAAACAGCAGUUGAAACACCUUACUUAACUCCAUUCUUAACUGCAGCAGAAACAGCAUUUGAAACACCUUUCUCCACACCAGGAAAGACAGAAACACCAGAUCCAACACUUGAUCCAACAAAAACACCAGUCGUUCUAGCAAAAGAGAAUCCAGAUAAUGACAACUCAUUAAAUUCAAACAGUGAUAACAGCAAAGCUAAAAAGAUCGGCCUUGGUGUUGGAAUUCCAGUAGCUAUACUUGUAUGUGCAGCUAUUGGACUUGGAAUUUUCAUCCUUGUCUCAAAGGGCAUCAUUGGAAGACCAGCUCCUACUCCUUCAGAUGAAGAAGGUAUUGAUGUUUAA